AUGAAAUUAAAUCUUUUAUUACUGAAUUGCUUAAUUUUUGACGCAGGAGGCGUUUCCGAAGAAGCGAUAAAAAAGCUAAAAGAAAUUAAAAAACUCGAGUUGGAUAUCCUGAAGGACUUCGUGAAGCAGGACACGACGCAUGCAGACCUGUACAAGAAAUACCACUGCAUCGCCAGUGACUACAUUUCGGUAGACCCAAAAAAAGGCAGAAGUCCCAAGGAGACGGACGCAAAUAAUCACCCAAAAAAGAACAAAACGGAAGAACAAAAUUUAGAAGAAAAAGGGGAAAAGUCAAAAAAAAGUUUCAUACAAAAAAUUGUAUCCUUUGUAUCCAUUUUUAGCUACGAUAACGUAAGCAAAUUUUAUUCUGAGCAUGUCCAGAAAACUUUUUCUAGCAGAAGGGACCACGCUGAUAGUGCCAAUGGUGACAAUACGAUAUACGGUCAAGACAAAACUGAAAUAGAAAAAAAAAAACUCAAGCUCUUACGUACAAUUAUCAGCAUUAAGUUUAAUAAAAAGGAAUAUGUUUCUGGGAGGUAA